AUGAGUGAUAAAAACAAUAAUUCAACACAACUCUCAAAAAACAUCAAACAAGACAGCGCAAAACCCGCUUCACAAAAAAUUUCCAAGGCAGGUUCUUUUAUUGCUGGUGGUUUGGCGGCAUGUAUUGCAGUUACUUUCACCAACCCAAUUGAAUUAGUGAAAACUAGAAUGCAAUUACAAGGUGAAUUAUCAGCAGUCAAUCAAAGAAUCUACAAAAAUCCAUUCCAGGCAUUGGGAGUGAUUUAUAAAAACGAAGGCAUUAGAGGUUUGCAAAAGGGUUUGAGUUGUGCGUAUAUCUAUCAAAUUGGUCUAAAUGGUUGCAGAUUAGGUUUUUAUGAGCCAGUUAGAACUUUUGUCAAUAAAACUUUUUAUCCAGGAAGGGAUCCUCAUAAAGUUCAAAAUGUAGGUAUUAAUGUUUUUUCGGGUGCUUUUAGUGGUAUAAUGGGUGCUGUUAUUGGCUCUCCUUUAUAUUUAGUAAAAACAAGAAUGCAAUCUUACUCCACUUCUAUCCAAAUAGGUGAACAAACACAUUAUAAAAGUUUUAUAGAUGGAUUGACCUCUAUUUAUAAAAAAGACGGGUUUCUAGGAUUGUUCCGUGGUGUUGAUGCAGCCAUUUUAAGAACGGGUGCUGGUUCUGCUGUUCAAUUACCAAUUUACAACACAGCAAAAAGUUUCUUUUUAAAACACGAUAUUGUACGUGAGGGUACUGCUUUGCAUUUAUUAUCUAGUACUAUAUCCGGUUUGGGUGUUGGUGUUGUUAUGAAUCCAUGGGAUGUCAUUUUAACAAGAGUCUAUAACCAAAAAGGUGACUUGUAUAGUGGACCAAUUGAUUGUUUGAUUAAAACUGUCAGGAUUGAAGGUGUAACUGCAUUGUAUAAAGGUUUUGGUGCCCAAUUAUUUAGAAUCGCUCCACAUACCAUUUUAUGUUUGACCUUCAUGGAACAAACAAUGAAAUUGGUUCUUGGUAUUGAAGAAACUUUAUUUAAAGCUUAG